CGGAGUGUGUGAGCGCGAAGCACCGGGGAUCCUGAGCCUGGAGGGGAGCCGUGUGACGAGAGGGGGGCUCUUCUGCCUGUGGAUGUAUGUGCCAGGACAGCGUUUUUUUUUGUUUUGUUUUUUUUUCCAGGCGAGCGUACAUGUGCGUGAAUGUGUGUGUGUGAGACGGGGAGUGUGGGCAUGCCAGCGUGCGUGUGUGUAACAGUGUCGUCGAUCAGCGACGGGCUCUUCGCAUUAUGCAGCCGACGGUGCUCAUCACACUUUGAGGACUGACUCAUCUAGACCGGGCUGUGGAGACAGAGGAGACGGAACAGAGAGAAGACAGAUGGAUGGAGAGACAGGAAGACAGUUUUAGGCUCUUGAUGCUUUGGGUCCCUGUAGACCAUCCAAAGGUCUAGUCCAUUUGUGGGACGCCAGUAGCUCCACUCCGGCCCCCCUUGUUCCCCCUCAAAUUGGAAUUGCAGACACAUACCCAGACAGGUAGCCAAAAUUGCCACAAAAAACCCUGAAAGGAAAAUAAAUUCCCAGUCGUCAUCUGACUUGAAGGAGCCAUUCAUUUCUGCUCCACGGAGUAGGACAAGAGGGUCUCCUGUCUCUGCGGGGUCUUUUUUCGCUUGACAUCGUUCUUUUUACGGGGGGUUGCAGGAUCCUAUCCUGGCAGACGAGACGGGACAGACGCAGGCAUGGCUCGCCUCAACUGGUGCCUGGCUGCCGUCAUCAGCUGGGGCAAGUUCCUCUUCGCCUGCUUCUUUCCUCUGCGGGGGGCCAAGCGAGACAAGCCCGACGAGCUGGAGGGCGUCCACACACACACGUUCAAGCUGAAGCCAUUCAAGAAGGCCAAGAGUUGUGAUAUAUGCAAGCAGGCCAUCACCAAGGAGGGCCUCAUCUGCAAAGCGUGCCGGUUGUCCUGCCAUAAAAAAUGUGAAGUCAAGGUCACCACAUCAUGUCAAACAACUACCAACUAUGAGCUGCCUCCCACUCCUCAGCUGCCAUUAAAGCAUGUAGAUACACCGGGAUCUACGAGGUCCUGUAAGAGUGUGGAGAUAAGGCGAAAGCAGUCGCGGAGUCAGAGUGUGGUUCAGGCCAUGGAGGAGAGCUAUGAGGUGGACCUGGUCUACAUCACGGAGAGGAUCAUCUCUGUCUGCUUCCCCGCCGGCGCCGAGGAACGCAGCUACACCACCAACCUGACGGAGGUGGCGACCAUGCUGCGGUCCAAACAUGGCGAGCAUUAUCUGAUUCUCAAUCUGAGUGAUUGGAGGGGUGACUUAUCAAAGUUAAACCCUAAGGUUCUGGAGUUUGGCUGGCCAGACCACCAUGCACCGGCGCUGGAUAAGAUCUGCAGCAUGUGCAAGGCCAUCGACACGUGGCUCAACGGAGACCCGCGCAAUGUGGUGGUACUGCACAACAAGGGGAACCGAGGUCGGACAGGGGUGGUGGUGGCUGCGUACAUGCACUACAGCAACAUAUCCGCAAGUGCUGACCAGGCGUUGGACAGGUUCGCCAUGAGACGUUUCUACGAGGAUAAAGCACUUCCUGUGGGUCAGCCGUCACAGAUAAGGUAUGUGCGGUACUUCAACGGCCUUCUUUCCGGACACAUAAAAAUCAACAACAAGCCUUUGUUCCUGCAUCAUGUUAUCAUGCACGGCAUACCCAACUUUGAGUCCAAAGGAGGCUGCCGUCCUUUCCUGAAGAUCUACCAGGCAAUGCAACCAGUCUAUACGUCAGGAAUAUACAAUGUGCAAGGAGACAGCAACACCAGUAUCUGCAUCACUAUAGAACCCGGCCUGCUUCUGAAGGGAGACAUCCUGUUGAAGUGUUAUCACAAGAGGUUCAGAAACUCCACCAGAGAUGUGAUGUUCAGGGUGCAGUUCCACACCUGUGCCAUCCACGACCUCGGGGUGGUCUUCGGCAAAAACGAGCUGGAUGAGACCUUCAAAGGUAACGACUCAUGUGAUGAGAGGUUCCCAGAAUAUGGGAAGGUGGAGUUUGUUUUCUCAUAUGGACCUGAAAAAAUCAAAGGCCUGGGCCACCUGGAGAACGGGCCGAGCGUUUCUGUGGACUACAACACCGCGGACCCUCUGAUCCGCUGGGACUCGUAUGAGAGCUUCAGCCAGCGCGUUGAGGACAACGUGGACACUGAGCACGAUGUUGUUCACACCCAAGGUCCACUUGAUGGAAGCCUAUAUGCCCGGGUCCGCAAGAAAGACUCCCUUGAGGGAGUUGUCACCAUCAACGGUCUCCCAGUCCAUGAAAACCCCUUGACCAAUGCAGCGAACCCGUUACAACACCCCAGUCAUCCCCUCCAAACCGUCGACCAGAACCUUCCAGUGACAGGCCACGCCUCCCUCCCUGCCGUCGACCACACCCUCUCCGUGAGCAGCGACUCAGGCAACUCUACCGCGUCCAUCAAGACUGAUCGUACCGAUGAGCACAGCCAGUCCGUGCAGGGUGCUGUGAACCACAACAACCCAACAGCGACCCACCCGCCGCUCAGCCCACAGGAGAAAAGAGAGCUUGACCAGCUUCUUAGUGGCCUCGAGGCGCCGACUCACCAACGACAAGCCUACCUAUCCACGUCCACCAGUCCAGGAGGAGGUAUCCGACAUUUGGUACCAGCGCAGGUGCACGUUAACGGGGGUCACACCAGGCUAGUUGGCGCCCCUUCAACAGACGAGCGUGAGACAGAUAUUCUUGACGACGAGCUGCCCAAUAGCCAAGAAGGCAACAGUGUGGACAGCUUGGGCACGCUCUCAUCCCUAGAGGGCCAGGCAACACCAGCUGACCUCUACUACCAAUCACAAACACCCAGCAGCAGGCAGAACGACGGACCCUAUCUUGAGAGAGUUGUUCUUGGGGAAAAGUUGAGCGAGAUGCCCGUGCAUGGAGUACGAACGCCCACGGCGACGCAAGAGAGGUCUGUGGACUCUGCAUCGCCACAGGGGGGAUACAACAACUACCAGAAUGGAGAAGGGAUGUACCGUUCACAGUCCUUUGGGAAUCCACCAGGUAGCAGCCCUGAGACGAACCCAAAACUGAUGCCGAGGGCCCCAGAGAGAAGCACCAGUAGCCGGGAGGCUGUUCAAAGAGGUCUCAACAACUGGCACCAGCAUAGCCUCCCAGAUGAUCCGUUUGGCCCUCCUCUGCAGUCAACCCAUAGUUUACCCCACUUCCCCACCUCGGCCUCGCAGCGGGACAUUGAGCAGUCCAUUGAGGCGCUCAACAUGCUCAUGCUCGACCUGGACCCAAUCAACUCCCACAUGUCCAAGUCCCACAGUGCGCCUCCUGGGGAGAACAACCUCAGUUCAUCCCAGGCACCCUUCUCACAGACCCUUGCAAGACCUUCAUACCAAGCAGACUCCGCCAUCCAUGGUUACAACAACAAUGGGUCCUCCAACAACUCCUUUCAUCAGCCCAUGCGGUCAACUGGAAGAGUCUCAGCGUUGCCCAACCAGAGCCCCGUGAUGGAGUCCCCGGCCUAUUCUCCCCAAAGGUCCAAUGCUCCUUAUCAACACCAAAACACCACCCCAACACACACCCCAGAGCCCUACCUCCAGACACGGCAGGCAGCCCACCACUACCCAACAGAUCCCUCCCCUAAUUUCAACCAGCAGGUGCCAGUGAAACCUGUGAACUCGUACCCAGGAGGUGGGGUUUCUCCUUCCCCGGACCUGCAGGGCUCUUCUCCUUAUCCAGGCUACAGUGCCUCUUCCUCUCCUCUCCCAGCCCUCACCCCCCAGCCCAAGGAUAUGUCUUCUACAUCCUUGCCCAGAGAACAAGAUGCAGAAGAGGAGCAACUUAACUUGGAGGGCCUGGUGGCUCACCGCAUUGCUGGGGUUCGCUCCAGAGGAAUGACCCCAGAAGUGACGCAGGAGACAAGUCGCCGCCGGACCACCAGUGAGGGACAGUACCAGAGCAGCCACGACAGCACGCCGAUGGUGGACUCACCGGACUUUGCCCGUAAUCUGGCUCUCAACCCCGGAGGAAGACCCAGAGAGGGUCCAAUGCACAGCUACCGGGAGGCGUUUGAGGACGACGACGCGGACGGGUUCACCAACAGUCCCACUUUUGGAGGCGGUGGUGAGAAUUCUCCCCAGACCCCCAGCUUCCCCGUGUCACCACAGACUCCUUACUUCAACAUGUCUCGCUCUCCUCCAGGUUUGGCCAAGACUCCUCUGUCAGCACUGGGACUGAAGCCUCACCAGGGUGGAUCAGACUCUGAUUCUAAUGAUGGAGAGCAAGAUAAUCGUGGUUUUGGGGAUUCUAGAGCACAACAGUUCAACACUCCUCUGUCCUCCAGCAGUCCUGUUCACAGCGCUGACGGAAGAAGGAUCGGUUCUUCGGAUGGCGCCCCGCACAGCCCCGCCCCCUCCUACCCUCACAGACCCGCGUCCCCUGAAGGCUCCCAGGUCAACAUCAUGGGCGUCCACACCGUCCCCGGCAGCCCCAACACCCUCCACCGCACCGUGGCCACCAACACGCCGCCAAGCCCCGCCCUGCAGAGACGCCUGGGCCAAGGCAGCCCCUCAUUGGGCAGACACGCUCCCGCCACCGGCGUCCCUUCCAGCCCUCUAAUUGGCCGGAAUCCCAAAACAGCCGGCGCCGGCGUUGGCGUUCCCCCCAGCCCCCUGAUGGGGCGCCGCACGGCAGCGAGCGGCCACAGCACGCCUGACGAGCUGGGCGCCGCUUCCCGCCAAGGGAGCGCCCAACCGCCGACCACGCCCGCCUUCCCCGUCUCCCCGCAGCUGCCGGAGAAGAGACACAUGUCCAGCGGAGACGCAGAGCGAGCGGACAACAAGAACCUGACGCCGACUCCGGGCAGCGGUGGCAGCACGCCAAACCUGUCCGGCGCCCACACGCUCCCAGACGUCUCCAAGUCCAUAUAUGAUGGUUAUCCAGACAUUAAGAUGAAUGUCAAGUUUGUCCAGGACACGUCCAAGUACUGGUACAAGCCAGACAUCACCAGAGAGCAAGCCAUCAAUCUGUUGAAGGACAGGGAGCCCGGCGCCUUCAUCAUAAGGGACAGCCAUUCCUUCCGCGGAGCCUACGGUCUGGCCAUGAAGGUGGCGUGCCCCCCACCCACCAUCCAACAGAACAAAAAAGUUGGGGACCUGACUAAUGAGCUGGUGAGACACUUCCUGAUUGAGACGAGCCCCAAAGGUGUCCGUCUGAAGGGAUGUCCCAACGAGCCCUACUUUGGUUGUCUUUCUGCUCUGGUGUACCAACACUCCAUGACUCCGCUGGCUCUGCCCUGUAAGCUCAUGAUCCCCGCCAAAGACCCGAAUGAAGAGGCGUUGGAGCUGGCCACUCCUACUGACCCGGUUGUUGAACUUCUGAAGCAGGGAGCAGUCCAGAAGGUUCCUGAGGAAGCUCAUGCGUGCAACGUCCUCUACAUCAACUCUGUGGACAUGGAGUCUCUGACGGGACCCCAGGCCGUUGCCAAGGCGAUCAGUCAGACACUGGCGACCAACCCUCUGCCCGACGCCACCACGGUUCACUUCAAGGUGUCGACACAGGGCAUCACGCUCACCGACAGCCAGAGGAAACUUUUCUUCAGGCGACACUACCCCAUCAACACGGUAACCUACUGUGACACUGAUCCCCAGGACAGGAAGUGGGGCAAAGAGGGAGGUGGCUCCGUGAGGCUUUUUGGCUUCGUGGCGAGGAAACAAGGAAGCACAACAGACAAUGUCAGCCACCUGUUUGCGGAGCUGGACCCCGACCAGCCGGCCACCGCCAUCGUCAGCUUCGCCUCCAAAAUGAUGAAGCGGUGAAACCCCUCCUCCUCCGAGUGGCGGCGGCCAUUUUGAAAAUCUUCCUUCGUCGUUGGUGUCUUUUUUCGCCAGGACUCGAUGAUUUUUCUCUCCGUUUCCUGUCCGUUUGUUUCCGUUUCCCUUCUCUCUCUUUUUCUCUCUGCCUUGCUGGUUUGUCUUGGUCUUUUUUGGAAGGAGUCUCUUUUUGAAGGAUUUCGCGUGGAUCCAGAGCGGCGAUAGCGGACGUGCGGUGGAGCUGCGAACGUGACAAACGCGGAGGGAGAAAAUGUACAAACAGGGGAACCUGUGCUAGAAGAAAAAUGCUCGUUAGAAGCUAAAGGAACAAUGCUAAGUUCAGUGGAGGAACACGUACGGACUGUUUCAGGGUUUUCUGUUGUCGUUUUUGUUGAUUGAUUUACCAAAGGUAGUUGCAAUACAAGUGCAAGAAUGAUGUAGCUAUUAAGCCAUUAUUAUUUCCUCUUUUCAAAAGAUGAAGAAAAAAAACGGAACAAAAAAAAAAAGAAAAGAUUUCUUCUUGAACUCGUCUUCAGGAAAAAAGUCGGCCUCGAUGGCUUUUAGCAAAACAGUGUCUGAAGACCUUAUGCAUGUUAGCUUGAUCUUUAAGCUUGGUUCUUCUACCUUCCACGAAAAAAAAUCAUUGUGAAAUCCUUUAGAGUGGUCAUUUCCGGGUCUGUUGUGUGUUGGAAAGGGCUCUGCAGUGAAACAACGACUGAUCUAAACUGCGCAUAGCAACCAGAAAAAAAAAACAAAAAAAAGAAAAAACGCCACGCUAAGGUCACCGCACCGUGUCACCCUAGCCGAAGCUCCAAGCCUGAAAAAAAAAAAACUUUUUGGAUUCAAAUCAAAGCUCCUGAUAGCAUGGCAGACGGAGACAGGAAGACUGUUUGUCCACUAGAUGGCGCCACUGGUUCAGGCUUGGAGCCACACAUGAACUCGCCCAUCACCAACUGCUUGCAGUAGUGGAUCUGUUUGAUAGACGCUGCCACUGAAACACACUGGAAAUCACCAGGGACUGGCCCAAUGACCUGGACCUAUGCACUGUUCUUUAUGCAUGUUGUUGUCCCAGAUUGCACCCUCCCUCAUAGCUACAUUCAACAUCACUGAAAACAUUCUAUGCUGUGUGCUAAAAAUGACUUUAAAAACCUUUUAGACACUGAGGUUGUAUGACUUGUCAAAGACUGCAUGAAAUAGACAAACAUUUUUUUGUACUCGCCUCAGAGUCCUGAAAAAGAAGUAGACAACCCAUUGUUGAAGUAGUCACAUGAUGGUGAGAUGAUCUAUUUUUACUUUCUUUAUAUUUUUGGUCCAUUUGAGCCAGGGUUACCUUUCACUGUAUCAACGACUCUCAUUGUUUUUCCUUCCACAGUGUCGUCAAAAUUUACAUUUAGAUACCUUUUAGGGCAAAAAAAAAAAAAAAGGAGUUUCCACACUGUGCGCAAAUGCCUGCUUGUUGAACACACGCUCAACCAUUCACAAUAAGCUAAGGAAAAUUGAUAUUGAUAUAAAUGUACAUAGAUAUACUACUUUGAAAGGUGACAUAGCGAAAAAGUAUUUAUUUUUGUUGCUUUGGUCCCUCAUGAUUACUCAUAUAUACAUAUAUUGUACAGUCUAGAUAAAGAAGAUUACCUAAUGGGUUGAGAAAAAAAAUAUAUACUUAUUUUGGCUAAUGAUUUCAAAGUCUGACGAUUUUGAAAUGUGUUUGAAUAUAUGGUGUACAUUACUUUGUACAUGUAUAUGUUUGUUUUUCGGCUCGUCAUGUUUUUGUUUUUUUUUUGUCAUUUUUCUCAGAACGAGGUAGGGCAUGAAUGAGAUAGAAGAAUUGCAUGGACAGAAGAGCGUGUUUCAAACGCGGGGACACGCUCGUAGAAGCAAAUGUAGCCGGUAGAUUUAAAGUAUGCUGAAUUUUAAGAAAAAGGGAAGCACGAUAAAGUUCAGAAGCCAACCUCAAAUGCAAUAUGAAAACAGCCGUAUGCACCCAUGACAGUUCCGAUUAUAAUUUUGCCAAAGAUUCAAACACUUUACAUCUAUGCUGACUGGCUGCAUGUCGCUUUUUUUUUUUUACGUUCUGCUCAAAUUUUCCGACCUUUUUCACACGUGUUCGGCUUUUUCGGCAAGUUUUAAGAGAAAAAAAAAGCUCAACCGGCCAGAAAGAAAUGUGCGUUUCUGGAGUUUUUAUUCAUCUGUUUUUACUGUGUACCUCUUCCGCCGCUAGUUCCAGAGGGAACAACUUCUGCCGCGCCCCAGUUGGAAGUGUGUAAACGAAGCACUUACAUUCACAAUACCAAAAGAAAAUUCCACACGGGUGUCAUGGCGAGGAGGUGAAUGAAGUUGCGUCACCGUGACGAUGAAGCUUCGUCAGACUGCCAAAGGUGUCUUCUCCGGCCCUCUCGAAAGUCACUGAUUUUUAUUUAUUCUUAUUUAUUCUUUUUUCCUGUUUUUAAAAGAGAAUUUCGUUGUCGCGUCAUCACGUUAUCGGUCAGAAUGGAGGAAUGUACGGUGGCGCUUUAUUGGAAGCAAAGAGGUACAGUGCACUUAAAUCGACUACUAACAAGCUUUACGCCAUUUUUAGUCAUUCGGAGAGAAGAAGAAGAAGAAAAAAAUUGAAAUUUAAAAAAACUGCAUUUUACCUGUUGGCUUUGAGUCAAGAGUCACCUUGUUUCAGUGAAAAAGAAGUGAUUUCUGUGACCCCGAUGUACAGAUGGGACUUGUUGUAUGAAUGUGCUACUAUGAAUGUACAAAAGGGUCUCAGAUUUUGUUUGCGCUUAUCAUUUACAUUAUAUUGUCAUGGCUUACCUGUUCCUAAGGAGAAAAAAAACAUUAAAGCAAUACAAAUCAGUUACAUUAAAGCUA